UAUGAAUUUACCGUCUGUUUUCUCGGGCUCUUGACUAAAUAAUCCACACUACGGGACAUUCACACUUUCCUAGUUGUUUAAUUGUAUUUAUUGUUUCAUUGUAUUUAUCCGUGCUUUAACCUAGUUGAGGAGUCAGAUAUCCUGCCAUGCACAUAGCGUUUACGAAUUCCGAGCUUUCGGGUGCUCUCGAAGGCGUCAUAAUUCAUAUCCAAUGAGCCCCGCCCUGUCCGCGCUGUGCCGCUGACCGUCACCCUCUCAUCCGUCUGUACAGUUGCUGUCGCGCCUUCUCGCUCCCAGCUUCCAUGGCGACCGACUAGAGCAAGAACCUCUCAUGUCGACCAGCCGGUUAGCUCCCGUGAGCGAGCUGACGGGUGUGUUACGCAAUGGGAUGAACUCUGUGGACGAGCAGCACAGUACUUUAGCAUGCUAAGCUAACGUGGAGCCGCACAGGGAGAACACUAGCCAGUGGAGCGAGCUAGCGGCUGAGAGCUAACGGGAGCUAACUAGCCUUCACCUGCAGGUCGCUCAAGCUAACGAGCCGCGGGCAGGAUGGAAAGUGUGAAGGAGAACCAGUCCGGGGCGCCUUCAACUUCUCCAACACCGCAGGGGCCACUGGACACGAGCAGUGACGGCAGCCCCGCGAAGCCAAGCGGGUCGUCGUUCACAGCGCAGCCUGCGGGGAAGAGAGCCUCUGUCGGGGAGGAGGACGGCGGCGGCGCGGAGGCGAAACUCUUCGGGAAGGGACUCGCCGCCACCUCGCUGCUGCAGAUCGCCAUCAGGAACGGGAUCUACCAGAACCAGGUCGCCAACGCGAUCGGCGGGGCGGCCAAGAGCAUGAGCAUCCCCGUGGUGAAAACAGCCAGCAUCUACAGCCUGGCGUCGGUCAGCAGCAACGCUUCUGUCAACUCUUUGCUGAGCAGGAGGCGGCAGAGGCACCGGAGGAACCUGUCUCUGGGGGCUCCGCCGACCAGCAGCCCGCCGCCCGGCGUCGCCUCCGGGGAGGCGGCCGGUCCCGCCCCGUCAGCCUCGCCCCUGAGCACCCUCAGCCUGGACAGGAAGACUUUCCUUCGGCAGAAGCAGUCCAAGCAGCUCCAGGCCUCGGAUAAGACGUGGGUGAGAUCGGACCCGCGGCGGGGCUGCAUCCACGUCCACGACUGGCUCACGCCCUCCUACCCGCGGCCGGUGCUCUGCACGGCGGACACCACCGCUGCAGAGGUGGCCGGUAAGCUGGAAGGGAGCAAAGCUGGGGCUGUGUUGAGAAUGAACUGCAAAACUGCUGCUUUAGUCGACUUAAACGACAACUGUAAAGCUAGCAAUGGACAUCCUGAUGAGGUCAGUGUGGAUGUGGAAAACCCCAAAGCAGAGGAGAGUGAACCAACCAAAAAGUCUCACACUGACACUAAACCGCCCUCUCACUUGUUGGAUGAUCAAACCGCCAGUAACUCCUCAUCAGAGGUCUAUCUGAACGACAUUGGGGUGGAGUUGAGCCUGAGUGUGGCGGACUGCUAUGGGGUUUACUCAGGUUCAGACAUGGAGAGCAGCACCUGUGACGACUUCAGCUCAGGUGGGCCCAGAAGCACAGAGCAAAGGGACUCGCUCAGUGAUGGGCUGGGUUUGGGUACAGACUCCUCUGUGCUGAGUCCAAACGGGGACAGUGCCACAGAGGGACCCGACCCGUUUGAGAGCUCCUCAGAUGAAGUGGACCUCACCUCUUCCCCAACACAUCCAACCAGCAGCUCUGCUGGAGACCAGCAAGCGGACCCGCCCACCACAGACCCCUGCAGUGCUUCCAGCCAAGUGACAGCCACACUAGGGGAUACCGUAGCUGCAGCGGGGGAUAAUGUUGAAGCCCCCAACUUCAUCAAACCUCCAUCCAAAUGCCCCAGCAGCUCUCAGACUCGGCCCCUGUCCAGCCAAGCAUCUGUCCAGCCUGACCUGGGUCCCGGGGGGAGCAGAGGAUGGCCGGAGCCCAUCAAUACCAGUCCGACACCGGCUCUCUUUGUCCAGCUGCAUGGUGGAGCUGUGCGGAGGCUGGGAGAUGAUGAGAGGCCUCUUCAGAUAUUUAACGAGUACCUCAUCAAUCUGGGAUUUGAAGACCCAUGGAGGGUUCAAGGGGAGGGGAUGAAUCCAGAAGUUGGUUGCCUGAUACGCUUCUACUUUGGCAAGCCUCGAAGUGUGGGUGGUUCAGAGCGCGUGCAGAUUUCUGGGGUGUUCAACGUGCGGAAAGGGAAGCUGGCGUUGCCGGUGAACCGCUGGUCGAAGCGGCAGGUAACACUGAGUGGAACCUGCCUCAUUGUCUCAUCGGUGAAACACGCCCACACCGGCAAGAUGCACAUCCUCCCUCUCAUCGGAGGAAAGGUAGAGGAAGUCAGGAGACACAGCCACUGUCUGGCUUUCAGCUCAGCUGGUCCUCAGAGUCAGACCUACUACAUCAGCUACGACUCGUAUACAGAGCACCUCCGCUGGCAAAGGACGGCCUCUAAGAUUGCGUCCCAGAGGGUGAACUCAGUCGACCUGUCGUGCUGCAGUUUGGAAGAGCUGCCUGCUCAGCUCUUUUACAGCCAGGACCUUACACAUCUCAAUCUCAAAAACAACUUCAUGUCCCUGCACAAAGGUGUUCCAGCACUCACUAGGUUUUGUAAACUGAGAAGCCUCAGUUUGUCAAAUAACACUCUGUCAGACUUCCCUCUGGCUUUGUGCGACAUCACCUCCCUUACAGAGCUAAACUUGUCUGGAAACCGCCUCUUGUCUCUGCCUGCUGAAGUAGGAACCAUGCACAACCUCCAGACUCUUCUCCUGGAUGGUAACUUGCUGCAUACUCUGCCCGUGGAGCUGGGCACUCUGGAGGGCCUGACCUACCUCGGCUUGUCCUUCAACUGUUUUAGCUGCAUCCCCCCCAUCCUGGAGAAACUCAGAGGCUUGGAGAGACUCUGUCUGGCAGGGAACCAGCUCUCUGUCCUGGAUAUGGCAGGACUGCAGUGGCUGCCAUCUCGCCACAUAGAUCUCAGGCUGAACCGGCUUCAAAAGAUGGCAGUGGGAGACUCGGAGCAGCUGGUCCACAUUGUCCAGCUGGACCUGAGGGACACGGGGUUACAGGAGCUGGAUGUUAGUUGUCUUUGUAGGCUGGAGCUCCUCCGCUGUGACAGAAACACUCUCUCGCUCCUCAGAGUUAAUGGCCACGCCCUCAAGAGCCUGCACGCUGCACACAACGAGCUGAAGCAGCUGGAGGUGCAGCCGGUGCCAGAGAAUCUGUCUGUUCUGGAUUUGUCCUGGAACAAGCUGGGAUGUGUCCCUGCCUGGGUGUGUGAGAGCAGCAGACUGGAGGUGUUGGACAUCAACCACAAUUCUGUUACAGAGCUGCCUAUACAGCUGCUGUCCAGUGGGAGCCUGAGAAAACUGCUGGCAGGCUGGAACAAAGUGUGUCGGCUGGCGGAGAGGCUGGAGAGAUCACAGCUAGAGGUCCUGGACCUCCAACACAACCACCUGACUGAGCUCCCACACAACCUGUUCAUCAAAGCACAGAGCUUGAGAUACCUAAAUGUGUCGGCCAAUAAGCUGGAGAACCUCCCUGAAGCAAGCCAAUCAGAGGACAGCUUCAGCAGCCUGGAGGAGCUCUAUGUCACCAAUAACAUCUUGACAGACAAGUGUGUCCCUCUGCUGACUGGACACAGCCACCUCAGGGUGCUUCACCUGGCCUACAACCAGCUGCAGACCUUCACCGCCAGUAAACUGGCACGACUGGAGAAGCUAGAGGAGCUGGACCUGAGCGGCAACAGGCUGAGGGCUGUGCCCACCACCAUCCUCAGCUGUCAGCGUAUGCACACUCUCUCCGCCCACUCCAACUGCAUCAACGCAUUCCCAGAGGUGCUCCAGCUGCCUGAGAUCAAGUUUGUCGACUUGAGCUGCAACGAGCUCACUGAGGUCACUCUGCCAGAGACACUUCCUCAGAAGCUCCAGGAGCUGGACCUCACAGGAAAUCCUCGCCUCAACCUGGACCACAAGAGCCUGGAGCUUCUCAAUAAUAUCAAAUGUUUCAGGGUGGAUCCAUCACCUUCAGCUCCGUGUGUGAGUGAGAGCCACGGGGCCCCUGCAGUCUGGAGCCACGGCUACACCGAGGCCUCCGGAGUGAAAAACAAGCUGUGCGUGGCUGCUCUGGCUCUAGACAGCUUCUGUGGGAUUCGUGAAGCUCUGUACGGAGUUUUUGACGGAGACAAGAACGUCGAGGUGCCUUACUUGCUGCAGUGCACCAUGGGAGAUGUGCUAGCAGAGGAGCUUCACAGGGGCCAGAGGCAGGAAGAUUACAUGACCAACACUUUCCUCACCAUGCAACGGAAACUGGGCACAGCAGGCCAGAGGAUGGGAGGUUCAGCGGCUUUAUGUCACAUCAGACACGACCCGGUGGCUCCCGGUGAGCGCGGCGGCUGCUUCACCCUGAAGGCCGCCAAUGUCGGCAGGUGCCAGGCUGUUCUGUGCCGCGACGGUAAAGCUAUGCAACUUUCCACCACACACACCGUCAAAGAGGAGCCAGAGUACCAGAGGGUCCGGCAGCAUAACUCCAUCAUCACCGAGGACAACAAAGUCAGUGGUGUAACUGACUCCACCAGAAUUAUGGGUUACUCCUUCCUGUGCCCGUCUGUCACCCCCAGACCCCACGUCUCCACGGUGACCCUCACACCCCAGGAUGAGUUCUUUCUCUUGGGCAGCCGGGGCUUGUGGGACAUGUUGUCUCCCAGCGAGGCGGUGGAGGCGGUCAGGAAUGUGCCGGACGCUCUGGCUGCCGCUAAGAAGCUGGUGACUCUGGCUCAGAGCUCCGGCUGCUCCGACAGCCUCAGCGCUGUUGUCGUCCAGCUCAGCAUCACAGAAGACUGCUGCUGUUUCUGCGAGCCGCCCCCCCCUCCCAGCCCGGGCCUGGGAACACACACCAGCACCCACCCCUACUCGGCAAGCGGUGACGGCGGCAUACCGCUGCCGCCGGCCUCCUCGGGAACGGUGAGCGAGCUGAGCAGCGAGUUCAGCACGUCUGAGAUGAGCAGCGAGGUCGGAUCCACGGCGUCCUCAGAGGAGCCGCCGCCUCAGACCGAGCCCCUCACGUGUCACUUCAAUCCGCUGGGGCGAGCCGGCACGCGGAGACCGGCCUGUGGAGGUGGGAGCUUCCAUAGACAGUUCUCAGGCGCUCUGUCUGACAACGGGGUGGACAGCGAGGACGAAGAGCCCAUCGCUGGCGUUUUCUCUAACGGCAGCCGCGUAGAGGUGGAGGCCGACGUCCACUGUCUGCACCGCCAUGACUGCCCGGCACACCAAACACACACUCACGCGCAACCAAGCACAAACGUCCCUGCUGCUGUCGCCUCACAUCAUGAGCCUUCGCCUCUCCCUUUCUCGUCUCCCUCCCCGGUCCCUCCCUCCUCUCCCUGCCUCAGCGGGGACGGUCAGUCGGGGACUCUUCGCCGCCGGGCUCGCGCUAACGGCUCCGUGGCCUGCCAAGGAAGGAGCCAGGACCUCAUAGAGGUGGCGGCCGACGCCCCCAUCAGGAAGCAGGGGGGCUACUUCAACGCUCCUGCCCAGCCGGACCCCGACGACCAGCUCAUCAUCCCACCAGAGCUGGAAGAGGAAGUACGGCAGAUCAUCCAGCAGCAGCAGCAGCAGCAGCAGCAGCAGCAGCAGCAGAUUCAAACACACAACCAGCCAGCACUCAGCUACCAGAAACCUGCAGACUAUUUCGUCACACCCCUUUAACUCCUGCUCCGCCUCUACAACAGCUGGUGUCAACUUCUCAUCCAGGAUUUCAGAUGGAGAACUGUGGAAUGUGGACUGUCUGUCUUGAUGCUCUGCACUGCAUUAAGUUGUACCGCUCCCUCCAAAAGCCUCAGAGUUUUCUGUACACGCGUCUGGACCAGAAAAACUGUGUUUUGGUAUGGUUUUUGUUAUUUACUUUAUUUUUUUACUGUUAACUCUAUGCCCCUUGAAACACGAUGCAAUUUUUUACAACACUUUAUGUUGAUUAUACCUUCACAUGUAAUUCAUUUGUACCAUAUCUUUGAUUUGAAGAAGCACUUUGAAUGCUUUUUAUUUGACUUUUGAGAUUCAUUCUAUGUGACAUGGUACUUUGAGGUAGGGGCCAUUCUGUUUUUGUGUUGUAGCAGACGCUUCUCCUGUGUGUCGCGGCUGAUGGCCUUACAGUUGUCGGAGUUAGUAGAACUGUUAAACUAACUCCUAGGAGUUUAAUACUUUAAAGUGACCUAGUCACUGAAGCGUACUAAUAUUCUCUGAGAGAAAAGAUGAUUAUUUCAAAAGGCUGACGUUCCAGGUUUCUGUUCUCGGGGGUAGAGUGCAGAGUUCAGAGUGGUGCUGCAGUGCUGAGUAAAUGCUAAACGGUGGGGGGGAUCCUACAGUGACUACCAGCUCAAUGAAUGUUCUCAGAACAGUGUUACACACAUCUUCAUAAUAGCAAAUCGCACAAGAGAGCUACUUUUACUAUAUAAUAAAUUAAAGUUUUCAGAUAA